AUGAACCACACGUGCACCAAGGCCAUCCUGGCAGCUGCUUUCUUAUUCCACACGGGUCUCGCCGACUGGCAAUUCCGUUCUCGUAGCGAUCUCGCGCCCCCGCGUCUGAAUAUCACAAUCCAGGCAACCGAGGAGGUUGAGAAAGGCUACCUGUUCAUCUCCCCGUUCGCUGGCCUUGUGGAUACUCCGUCGGAGCAGCAUGGCCCGCGGCAGGCAGGGCCAUACAUCCUUCGUGAUGAUGGCGACCUGAUUUGGUCCGGCUAUGCUAUUUAUAGCAUCUGGGCUACAAACUUUCAGGCCGCACGCUGGCGUGGCCAGGAUGUCCUCUUCAGUUUCGAAGGUGACCAUAAUCCUGGCUACGGCCAUGGGCAUGGGCAUAUCACUUUGAUGGAUCAGCACUACGAGACCAUUCGGGAGCUGCGGGCUGGCAGUCACAAACUGGUUGAUAAACACGAGUUUCAUAUCAUUAACGAGGAGUCCGGCUUGAUUCAAAUCUAUCAGCCUGUUGUUCGGGACCUGGCCGCUUGGGGUGCUAAGCCCGAGCAGCAGUGGAUCGUCAACGCAAUCAUCCAAGAGCUUGAUAUCACAACUGGAAAGGUUCUCUUUGAGUGGGCCAGUCUCGAUCAUGUUUCCCCAGAUGAGGCCGUACUUCCCAUAAACCCAGGCCAAGCUGGCUCUGGAUACAACAGCUCGGAUGCGUGGGACUAUUUUCACAUCAACAGCGUCGACAAGGAUGCGGAAGGGAACUACCUCAUUUCGGCCCGUGACGCUUGUGCGGUUCACAAGAUCAACGGAACAGAUGGAUCUAUUAUCUGGCGCUUAGCAGGGAAGAAAAGCUCAUUCACUUUGGGCGAAGGCGUAGAUUUUUGUUUCCAACACCACGCCCGUUGGCUCUCCCAAGACGGAGAUGAGGAAGUCAUCAGUCUUUAUGACAACAGUGCACAUGGAACCGAGCACGAUGGGGGUAGUGAAGUCCACACAGCUCCUACAAGCAGUGGCAAGAUUGUUCGAGUCAAUACCAAGACUUGGAAAGCGGAACUUAUACAGGCCUUCUUCCCACCGGAUGAUCUCCGAUCCAAGAGCCAGGGGUCAACUCAAAUCCUACCCAACGGUAAUGCGCUGAUAAACUGGGGAUCCUCGGGGGCCCUGACCGAGUUUCUCCCUGAUGGCACCCCGAUCUUCCACGCAUACAUGGACUCUGGGGAUCUCGGCAUCGCGGUAGAGAAUUACCGCGCUUUCCGGUUCAACUGGACAGGCCUUCCUACUGAAGAACCGUCGAUUGUGUCUCUCGAGAAUGGUGAUGGAACCACAAUCUACGUUUCUUGGAACGGCGAUACUGAAACAGAUCUAUGGCGCUUCUACGAAGUUUUUGAUCGCCAUGGGUCGAAAAGACUCCUCGGCGAGGCGAAACGCACAAACUUCGAGACAUCUCUCCAUAUUCCUAAGAAACGCAUAGGUAGGGUUGUGGCCGAGGCAAUUGACAAAUCCGGGGCUGUUCUUCGAGGUACCUCGCUCGUCUGGCUAGCUCGUCUAGAUGAGCACAUUUGA